AUGUCUCAGCCGAUUGAUCCGGUCAACACUAUGACCAACAAGCCGCCGAGGAAGCGGAAUGUGAUUACAAGGGGGAGGACGGGGUGUUUGACUUGUCGGAAGAGGAGGUUGAAGUGUGAUGAGAACAAGCCUGGGUGCAAUAAUUGCAGGCGUAUCAAGGCCGUGUGUGAAGGCUACAACCAGAAGAUCACCUUCAAAGACCAGACAAACUUGACGGUCGAAAAAGUCAAGAAGGCUGCUAGAAAGAAGGCCCAGGCGUCGGAUGCCGCUAGGGAAGAUACCAGCAGCGAUGAGGAAAUGUCUUCUACGACCGUAGUCCCGCAACAAGCGUCGUACCCGCCAGCUCAGUUUGUGGAUUGUUCGGUUGGUCUCACGUCGCCCGAGACAGUACGGAACGACAACUUCGAUUCGCAGGAUGGUCUCGUGUUCCAAGACGGUCUUCUCGCAACUCCACCUAUGUCGACACCGGACGAUCUCUCAUCGUCGCCUGCUAUGACCUCUUUGAAUACCGGCUACAUGACACCGACUUCGCCAGCGUCGAUCGACUUUCUCCCUUCUCCCACUCAGGGUGUCUCCAACGCGACACUCAGUCUCGCCGGAGCGUUUGAGUUUCCGGAGGAUUACACCUACUUUCAAUAUUCUGCUGGAGGCAGUUUCGCCAGCAUCUCGAAGAUUCUACCCCUAGCAGAACUAUUCCAAUCAGAGCCCAUGUCGUCCCAUGUGUAUGAUGCAGCGAUAGCUCUAGCCGCACUUACCCUAUCCAACUCCAAUUCAAAGCCUGCCAAUGCCAGAUCUAUACGCCGGCACGCAUUCCAUCACAGCCUAAAGGCUAUACAGAGCUUGCAGAAUGAUCUGACACAAACCGGGAAGCUGGGAGCAUCGACGUCGUCAAACUCUCUCCGUGCAGAUACAGCGCUCUCACUCUUUGCCACGAUCAUGUUAGCGGCCAAUUUCGAGCUCCAGCGGAACUGCGUCUUGCUCUGGUGCUCGCAUAUGCGAGGGGCCGCGUUGUAUCUCAACGCUGCAUAUAUGGAGCUGAUGAAGAAAAAUACGGGGAUGUUGCUGAUCCGUGCGUUUUCGCGGAUGGCUCUCCUGCUCCGUUUGUAUAACGAGAAGUACUCCGUAACAACAUCAAAGUUCAUGCCAGAGCAUCUGUCAACCUGGCUGAACGAACUCCUCCGCGACUCACCCAGCUUACACGACCGAAUCCUCCUCUUCGUCGAAGAAGUCACAGCCCUCGAGAUCCAAAAACGCCAACACCCAUCCCUCGAAAAAGACUGGGCCGAGAAAAGCGCAGACCUCCUCCACCGCCUCGAACAAUGGCGAAACGAUCUCCCACUCUCCGACAUCCCCAUCGACGACCACACCGGCGCCUCCCUAACCAUCUCCACCACCACCACCACUACCAACCCAUCCACCCUAAUCCGCAUCCCCGCCCUCCACUUCCCCAACUCCCCAGACCCCUGCAUCGCCGCCGUAAACUACGCCUCCUACCUCUGCACCUGCAUGCGCGCGCGAACCCGCUACCCACAGAACCACAACAACCCCAACACCCCAGACCGCAUCCUCCCACCGGAAACCGAACAAACAGCCCUUACUAUCUGCCGCAUCGCAGCAUCCAACCCGCCCUCCCGCUUCGGCGACUCCUUUACUUACAGCUACGGCAUGCUCCCCUCCGUCGUCGGCGCGUACCGCUGGUCCAGCAACACUGGUCUCCGCGCGUGGGCGAAGCACUGGCUCAAGGGAUACCGGAUGACAAAAGAGGGUAUCUGGAAUGUUGUGCAUACGCUGAAGUUGAUUAAGAUGAUGGACAGUCAAGCACAAGGGGAUAAGCAGGCGUUUGUGGCGAUCCGGACGAUUGAUGAGCCUGUUGAUGCGUCGCCGGAGGCGGAGGAGGGGGGUGGGGAGGGGCCGUUUAGGGUUGUGUUAAGUACAAGGGGGGUGGAGGGGGCGAGGUCGAAUGUUAUUAUGGUUAGUUGA